AAAACACACAAAUAAAUAAUAUGUCAAAUACAGAAGUGGAUAAAAGCAUCGAGUUAAUCUCCAAGACGGAGGAGCUGGCCGACAAGAUAUUGGCUAACAAGCACGAGCUGACGGUUAUGGACAAACGGCGCCAAGAGACACGCGAGGCACUGCGCCUCAUGGAGAAGUCGGAGGAGAAGACGGCCUGGAUCACCAUUGGGAGCAUGCUGGUGAAAAUGCCGAAGGACAAGGCAGUGGAGCUGCUCAAGAAGGUUAUACCAGCAGCAGAUCGAAAAGGAGAUAAAUCUGAUUUACUCGGAGCAAAAGAUUCUGGUAAACAAGCAUCGAGACCUGGAGUUCAAGUCGCCAUUUUCGGGCACCAAUAUCAAGGCACUGGACCGACAUGAAUUUAAUGCUCUGAAAGCGAAAUAAAUUUGGUACAGAUAGAAACAUUUUAAAGUGUUUAAGGUGUGCACUGACAGAAAAAACAAGACCAAACCAAAAAAAAAAA